AUGGUGCCGCUCUACAUGGUCACCCUGAGCUUGAUGAUCUGGACGACCUUUUCAGGCCCAGGCCAAAUCCUGACCGUUCCGGGUGAGAACGGUGAUCUUGAAGAAGGGUUACAAUAUCCCCGACCCAUCAGGCGCUAUGACCACUACUGCAAAUGGGUGAACAAUGUCCUCGGCGUAGUGAUUGCGCUUCGCAAUCACAGAAGCUUCGUUCUGAUGGCGGCAGGGUUGCAAGCCAUUGGCUUGGCUGGAAUGGUGGUGGACAUUUGGCUGGCGAUGCUUCUUUUCCAGCAUGGCGCUAUGCUGAUGCUAUUGGAGCUGGUGGUGGUCCUUCAUUGUGGAUACUCGAUUGGUCUACUUUUCAUAGCUGAGCCCAUUUUGCGGAUCCAUGUAGGGCUUAUCCUCAGAAACGAGCUUGGCAGGGAGUUCAAAAGGCAUUUCUUCUACGUGGCAAGCAACACCUCCAAGGGCGGUUUUGUGCAAAAGACUUCUCUCUGA